UUCCUCAAUGUACACUGAAAUUCUUUGAGAACGUACUACAGGAUCAAAUUUAUGCGUUACUUACCCCAAAAAAAGAAUAUAUUAUCACACACAAAUUUUUGCAUUGCUAUUGUAGAAUACGAAAUGUUUGUUUACAUAUUUUUUUUACAUUUUGUAACGGUCAAUCGGACUAGGAUUUUUCAGAAAAUCCAAAAAAAAGGAGCAUCAUCCUAUCCAUGAUGUUAGACAGCUUCCAAAAAAUGUAUCAAAUUUCAACAUAACCAAUUCGAUGUAAUAAUUUUGUGAAAUUAAAAGUGUAGAGUUCAGUAUUAAAGAAUACAAGAAAAAUGAGGAAGAAAAAGAUUUUGAAAAUUCUAGGACGGGAACCACCAUCCCGCUAUCUGCCAGGCCAGGUUGACGAUGCUGAAGAGCGCAGGGAUCACAAUAUAUACGUGGAACAUCGUAUCAACGUUAUGUGCGCUAAACCAAAAAUUGACAAUAAACCGCCAAAAUUUAUACCGGAAAUAUUUUUAAAAUCUCAGCGGCUUUGCGAGGAUGCAGAUAGGAUGCGGAUGAUAGAUAAGGAAAAUCUUGACCUGAUAAAGAACAUCAAUAUCAUCUUCAGAACAAAAGGCAAAGUGGAUUGCUGGAAUCCUGAUAUUUUUUACAAGUUAAUAAUGGAUAACCAAGAAUCAGAAAAUAUGAAGCUAAUGAAGGCCAACAGGAAAAUUCGAAGAGCUAUUGCUAAAAGGGAAACAAUCUAUUCGAGAAAAGAAUUUUUACGUGACUGGAAGCGAAUCGAGACUACAUUAGAAAAAGUUAGCAGAUAUCCCCUAAUAUGGAAAGAUCCAAGAAUUGUCAAAGAAACCGAUUCGAUAGUCGUGGAUAAAAAAUUGAGCUCUGCAAAAAAUCACUCACGACCACGAUGCUUUUUUGACAUAGAAUUACAAAAUACCAAAGAAAAACUAGGACGAAUAGUUUUUGAACUUUACUCAGAUUUUGUGCCUCGUACGUGCGCAAACUUCGAAGCCUUUUGUCGGGGUCACAAUGGGCUCUCCUAUAAAGGGACUUCAUUCUUUAACAUACUACCUGGAUACUGGUGUCAGGGAGGUGACGUCACGAAAUAUAAUGGUACUGGAGGUACUUCUAUUUAUGGCGAGACUUUUCAAGAUGAAAACUUCAACCUGAGACAUGCAAGAACCGGCGUGCUGUCUAUGUGGAGUAAUGGAGAGCACACAAACAAUUCGAAAUUCAAUCUAACUUUUAGAAAACUUCGGACAAUGAACGGAAAGAGAGUCGUGUUUGGAAAAGUGAUAAAGGGUCUAAGAAAUCUUUUUAAAAUUGAGGAACUCGGUGCGAAAAGUGGAAAACCAUUGAAGACUGUCGUCGUAGGAAAAUGCGGUGUACUCGAUGAAAGGAAAGAAUCGUUAACAUGGUCGAUUGAAAACAAAGAUUCACAGAUGAUAGAAUUGAAAGAAGAACAACAAUCAAUGUAAUGAUUAUUGAUGAAAUAAAAAAGUCAAUUGUUUUAUCUUAA